CGGAAUGUGGAAGUCACUAGAACCAAACUCAUCUAUUCAUACAAAGGGCACAGAUACCCUAAACAAAUGGGCCUACUACUCCACCACCUAAUGGCCACUUACGCCACCACAUAAUGGCUACUUACUCAAAAACUAGUAUUUAUUCUUGCAAUGCUUCCAGAAUUGCAGCAGAUGCUUCAGAUUACGCAUUUCAGAGCCCCUAUACCUUUUGUCACCCGAGCUCAAAUUGUUUGAACUUCCAGGGUUUGGGCGUGCCUGGCGCAAACAGAGCAUUUUCUACCCGCCGCACAAACCCCUCGCCGCGUCCAGCCCGGCCCCGUCCUUUUCUGGCCCCGUCCUUUUCUGGCCCCGUCCUUUUCUGGCCCCGUCCCUUCCGCGCCCCGUCCCUUCCGCGCCCCGUCCUUUUCUGGCCCCGUCACUUCCGCGCCCCGUUCCUUCCGCGCCCGUCCCUUUCUGGCCCCGUCCUUUUCUGGCCUUCCGCGCCCCGUCACUCUUCCACCAGACCUUUUUUCCUGGGCCCUUCGCGCGCUCCAGCAGACACCAGCAUCCGGCCAGAAACACCCGGCCCGGCCCCCUCGCAUCGACUUACUCCUCCCCCCAGCUCACGCCAAUCCACCCACACUGCCAGCAUGCCACGUGACGAGGUGGACGAACACUUUUCCGACGACUUGGGCUUCCGCUUGCUGACGCCGCGCCUGGGCGUGCGGCUCUUCGACCGCCCCGUGGCCUUCGACCAGCCGCCCGGCUCCUCUCGCCCGCUCCAGCUCUUGCAUGUGGGCCGCCAAAAACACCUCUACGCGGCCUCCAACGGGCUGUCGGUGGGCAUCGGCCGCCUCGCGGACUUGGACUCCGACGCGCUGCAAAUCCGCGCCGGUUUUGCCGUGUCCCCGCUCGCCAGCGUCUCCAGCCUCAGAUUCGACUGCACCAACGACUACUUGUACGCGGUGGCGGCCGGCGUGCCACAGAAGGCAAACGUGGACGCCAUUCUAGCCGCCGGCUCGGCCGCCUUUGUGCCCAUCGGCACGCACUCGGACGUGUGCGCCCUCGAGCCCUCGCCCGUGGACCCGGCCACCUACGGCGUUUUGGACGACACGCAAACGCUCCGCAUUGUCUGCGGCGCCAUGGAAACGGACGUCCCGGGCGUCCUGGCCUUUGCCUGGACGCACGCCGGCACGGGCGUGGCCGUCUUGGCCGGUGCCACGUUCAGGUUGCUCGACACCCAGGGCCUGCAAGUCGCCUGCCAUACUUUGGACGGCGCCACGCUUCUCUCUGUGGCCACCAUCGACGAAGACAACUGGUACGUUUUCGCCCAGGCCGGGGUUGACGGCGACGGCGACGACGACGAGGUGCACAUGCUCGUCUCGCGUACAGGCGGCUCGCUCACGGCCCGGUCGUUUUUCUUGCCCCCGGCCUACGGCGCCGUGGCCCGCGCCCCGUGCAUGUACGUGGCGGCCGUCCACGACUGGCUCAAGGAAACGGUGUACGCGUUCAUCGCCAACGGCCUCAAUCCCGAGAUCGCCACGCUCGAGGUGGGCCCGCACACGAGAACCGUGCUGCUGAACGACACCGACCGCGCCGAGUUGCCCAUGGACGAGGCGUCCGACGAAGACACGCUCCCCGUCGGGCUCGCGCUCGACUUGUCGGGCACGCACCGCACCGUCAGAAACCCGUCGCCGUUGAUCGAGCAGGCCGUGGGCGUGUUGCCCCGCUUGUUGUGCUUGAACAACACGGGCUGCCUCUUGGCGUGGGACGUGUUCCACGUUUCCGCCGUGCGUGGCGGCUCGCUCGACCUAGCACGCGCCGUCUCGAGACUCCCGGCCGUCGCGCCGGUGGCUGCUGCCCAGCCCGGGCCCGCGGCCCCCACUCCCAUCACACUGAACAAGUUCGCCGAGUCCUUGGGUGCAGAACUUUCUUCCUUGGCCACGCCGGACGUUCUGAAACCAGCCGGCCCCUCCCUCAUGCUGCCCACGCCCGCUGCCCUGGGCUUUGGCAGCACCAGUUUCGGCGAGCCCAAACCCGGCAAGCCGCCCAUGUUCGGCUCGAGUGAUUUCGGCUCCAAUGCCCCGGGCUCGGCUGCGGCGUUUGGGGGCACGGGUUUUGGCGGGGCGCCAAGCGCCAAACCGCCCAUGUUUGGCUCCGCUGACUUCGGCUCCAAGCCUUCGAGCUCCGCGAAGCCGUCUUUUGGAAGCUCUGGUUUUGGCGCUUCGCCCAUGGGGGGCGCCCGCUUCGGCUCCUCCGCCCAAGUGGGCCCGGCCUUCGGCUCCGGUGCUGCUUUUGGCCAGGCCAGUCUCGGCGCGCUGAAAGCUGAAAGUCAAGCUCCGAGCGUUCCCUCCAGUUCCACCUCGACGUUCUCGGGCUUCGGUACUAAGUCAAAAUUCGGUGCGUCGUUUCAAGGAAACAGCGCUUCUCCUCUUGCUAGCUUGACAAAGAAGGAGAGUUCCGCUUCUCCUUUUGCUGGCUUGGGCAAGACCGACAGCACAGCUUCUCCUUUUGCUGGCUUGGGCAAGACUGACAGCACUGCUUCUCCUUUCGCUGACUUGGUCGGAAAGGAAAAGUCUUCCUUCUUAGGGGCUCUGGAUGCCUCGAAGCCUGUGUCUACUAGUGACAAUUCACAAUCCGUCUUUUCUUCCCCGUUGGCGGCAUUGAGCGCGCCCAAAGAGUCGCGGUCGCAGGGUCCAUCAAUGCCAAACGGCGGUCCGUUUGGUGCCAAUCCUGACAACAAGGCAUCUUCGUUUGGACACACUGCGCCUGAAAAAAUGACCCUCCCAUCUGGCGCUGUGCCGCGUGUCUCUGCAUUUACAGCGAGUCAGAACAAUAUCGACAGCGACUCUGAGUCACCCUCAGAGUCUGACUCGGACUCUUUCGAGGCCUCGGGCGACUCGUCUUCCGCGGACGAAGGCCAGUUUUUUGAAAAGACUUCGUUCUCCAAGAUGGACUUGAACAAACCCUCGCUGUCCACGGGUCUUGGCCAGUUCAAGUCGUCUUCCGUUCCUCCCGCUUCAAUUUCCAAAAAGGCAUCCGCUGAAUCAAUUUCAUCGGCAGAGAACAUCAUUUCUGGCACGGAGAGUCCUGAAAUGAAAUCGCCUUUUGGCGCGGAGAAGGGCAACACAGAGAAGCAUUGGAAGGGCCUAGACGAGUCAUCCGCAGACGUCAAGAACACUGGCGAAAACAUACCUCUCAAAACACAGAUUCCGGACAACACGUCCUCGCACAAUAUAAAGGACGAACCUUUGUACGCGGGAGAAGACAUUGCCGAGGUGGUCAGAAACAUUGAGUUUCUUAGACUCGGUGGUCUCACCGAGCAGCCGGCUACAAUGGGUGACGAAGUUGCACGGAAAUUCACGGAACUCGUGCAGGCCGCACAAGCGAAUAUGGACGUUCUUGCGCUAAACACAGAAAAAGCAAAGGCUCUCGUUGAUGCUUCGGCGGUGCACAGAAAGAGUUUGGCAGAAGAUGACGUGGCCGAUCACACACAAUGGGCUUUGGGGGAUCUCGACGACUUACUCCAGAUCGUGGCCAAACCGCGAGCAAUGGUGGACGAUAUCUUGUUGUCUUUGAGACACCAAGACUCCAAACUCACACAACUUUUGGAACGAGUGUCCGUAGCCGAGGAAAAGAAGGAGCAAGUCGAGAAGGUCGUGACGCAGUUGGCCUUGUACAAGCACUCGCUCGAAACAUCCAAGAGCAUGGAGCGGCCCCUCGACGCGCGAGCCGAGAUGCUGCGCAACCAGUUGAGAAAGACAUUGGCCCGUGUGGAGCUGCUACAAGAACAAGUUGCCCACCAACUUCUCCCGUUUGGCGUGCGCCUCGAUCGGGGCCAGGGCCGUGUGGCCCGCGCCGCCAAAUUGGAAAAGGUUGUACGUGAAUUGUCUGUCAAGACCCGCGAGGUCGUACGCCAGAUCGAGGAGCUUGAGAAUGAAGUCUACAAAGUAUGCGAGGAGAAAGCACCUGUGAGCGGUGCAGCCGGAUGGUCCCCAUUAUUGCUCGGAUCUAAAACCGCGUCCGUGGACAAAUUUGCAAUCUGCGCCAAGUUUGCCAAGGCGCUGACACCACGCAAGAUAAGCCUUGCGCAAAGUUAGGCCGUGGACUCUGGCGGAAAUCUGAGCUGAGAAAAC